CCAAGUCAGAGGAUGUGGCUGAGUCAGACUCUUCCACGGAACACGGACGGGUCACCCCCCCCCCCCCUGAGCCUCAGUUCUCUUGUCUGAGGAAUGGCAACAGUGCAAGGCCUACGCAGCACUGUGUGCAAAUGCCGUGCACAAACCUCUAGCUAGUCAGUCUGCACCUGGCAGGCGCAGAGGAAUGGAGGUGAGGGGUGACUUGUCCCCAUCUCUUGUUCCUGCUCCCUCUGGCCCACCAAGCAAUUUCUUUGGCCUUUGGUUAAUUUUAAUGUCAUCGGAGUACUGAAGCAAUUGCUGUUCCCAUUGUGGAGGUGAUAGAAUGGGGACUCAGCCUGAGUGACUUGUUCAGAGUCACACAUCAGGUGCCCCCGGAGCUGCCCACACACCCACCCAGCCCUCCGCUCGCUGCUCUUGGCCUCCCCUCCCUGGCCAGUGCCCACCAUGUUCUCGUGCGUGAAGCCCUAUGGAGACCAGAACUACUCGGCCCUGAAGCGGGCCUGUCUGCGCAGGAAGGUGCUCUUUGAGGACCCCAGCUUCCCGGCCACCGACGACUCGCUGUACUACAAGGGCGCCCCGGGGCCUGCUGUCCGGUGGCAGCGGCCCAAGGACAUCUGCGAGGACCCGCGCCUCUUUGUGGACGGCAUCAGCUCCCACGACCUGCACCAGGGCCAGGUGGGCAACUGCUGGUUUGUGGCCGCCUGCUCAUCACUCGCCUCCCGAGAGUCGCUGUGGCAAAAGGUCAUCCCAGACUGGAAGGAGCAGGAGUGGGACCCCGAGAAGCCUGAUGCCUACGUGGGCAUCUUCCACUUCCACUUCUGGCGCUUUGGGGAGUGGGUGGAUGUGGUCAUUGAUGACCGGCUGCCCACAGUCAACAACCAGCUCAUCUACUGCCACUCCAACUCCCACAAUGAGUUCUGGUGCGCCCUGGUGGAGAAGGCCUAUGCCAAGCUGGCAGGCUGCUACCAGGCCCUGGACGGAGGCAACACGGCGGACGCACUGGUGGACUUCACGGGUGGCGUCUCCGAGCCCAUCGACCUGACUGAGGGCGACUACGCCAGCGACGAGGCCAAGAGGAACGCGCUCUUCGAGCGCGUGUUGAAGGUGCACAGCCGGGGAGGCCUCAUCAGUGCCUCCAUCAAGGCCUUGACUGCGGCGGACAUGGAGGCCCGCCUGGCGUGUGGCCUGGUGAAAGGCCACGCAUACGCCAUCACCGAUGUGCGCAAGGUGCGCCUGGGCCAUGGCCUGCUGGCCUUUUUCAAGUCGGAGAAGCUAGAUAUGAUCCGCCUGCGCAACCCCUGGGGCGAGCGAGAGUGGACCGGGCCCUGGAGUGACACCUCAGAGGAGUGGCAGAAGGUGAGCAAGAGUGAGCGGGAGAAGAUGGGUGUGACUGUACAGGAUGAUGGCGAGUUCUGGAUGACCUUCGAGGACGUGUGCCGAUACUUCACCGACAUCAUCAAGUGCCGCCUGAUCAACACGUCUUACCUGAGCAUCCACAAGACGUGGGAGGAGGCCCGGCUGCAUGGGGCCUGGACGCGGCACGAGGACCCGUGGCAGAACCGCAGUGGGGGCUGCAUCAACCACAAGGACACCUUCUUCCAGAACCCACAGUACAUCUUUGAUGUCAAGAAGCCAGAAGAUGAAGUACUGAUCUGCAUCCAGCAGCGGCCAAAGCAGUCCACCCGUCGGGACGGCAAGGGCGAGAAUCUGGUCAUUGGCUUCGACAUCUACAAGGUGGAAGAGAACCGCCAGUACCGCAUGCACAGCCUGCAGCACAGAGCCGCCAGCUCCAUCUACAUCAACUCGCGCAGCGUCUUCCUACGCACCGACCAGCCCGCGGGGCGCUACGUCAUCAUCCCCACCACCUUCGAGCCCGGCCACACUGGCGAGUUCCUGCUCCGCGUCUUCACUGACGUGCCCUCCAACUGCCGGGAGCUCCGCCUGGAUGAGCCACCCUGCUCCUGCUGGAGCUCCCUGUGUGGCUACCCGCAGCUGGUGACCCAGGUGCACGUCCAGAGGGCUGCUGGUCUCAAGGACUCCCCAACAGGGGCUAACUCUUAUGUGAUCAUCAAGUGUGAGGGGGACAAAGUCCGCUCGGCCGUGCAGAAGGGCACCUCGGCGCCCAAGUACGACGUGAAGGGCAUCUUCUACCGCAAAAAGCCGGGCCGGCCCAUCACUGUCCAGGUCUGGAACCACCAGGUCCUGAAGGAUGAGUUCCUGGGCCAGGUGCAGCUGAAGGCCGACCCGGAUGACCUCCAGGCCCUGCACACCCUUCACCUCCGAGACCGCAACAGCCGGCAGCCCAGCGACCUGCCAGGCACCAUCGCCGUGAGCCUCCUCAGCAGCGCCUCCCUCACGGCCGUCUGACGCCGUCCACCCACCGUCUGCAUGUCCCCAGCCAGGGACUGGCUGGGAGCCCGGACACUGGGGUCCUUUUCCCAGCUUUCCCACUGACUCGCUCGGUGACCUUGGGAGGUCUCUGCCCAUCUCCGGGCCUGUGUCCUGAGGACCCAAAGCAUUCCUUUCUCAUGGAGGCGUCUCCCCGGCUGAGAUUUAACAGCCCUCCUUCCCCCCACUGUCACCACUGCUAGGGGCUCUGUUCAUCGAAAUGCUUCCCUGAGGCCCUGCGUCUGUGACAGAGUGCCAAGAUGUCACUUGUUUACACACAAACUGCCACCUGCCCGAGCCCCAUCUUGACACUCCUCUCCUGCGCCUGCCCCAGGGCCCCAGGCAUUGCUUUCUCUGUCACCUGCACCUGCUUUUCUAGCCACCUUGAAAGGACCCUUGGCUCUCGCUGGGUCCCUGCUCAGGCUGGAAUUUGGGGACUGCGCAGGUGACUCGUGUUCGUUCUCGAAUCCCACCCCCGCCCGUCCAUGUAUUUAUUCAACAGAGAUUUGCCAAGUGAGCAGUGGACGCCCGUGAGGCCCUGGGUGGGGCCGGGCCCCUGCCCACAGGCCCGGUCUGCACCUCUGCUCCGAGGCUGCUCAGGCGGAUGCCCAGAGGAGCUGCAGCUACCUUCACGUUCCAGGUUCUGGUUUCACCCCCAGCCUCUGGUCUAAGGGCCUGGAGAAGUUUUGGCCAUGAUGGAAGGAAGGGUGUCUUCCUGUCUCCACUGCCCUGACAUCAGGAGGAAUGAGCCCAGUUUAGCAGCCAGGGCCCCGGCAGGUGGGACCCCUUCUGCUGCCAGACCUGGGCUUUCCAGGGAGAGGGGUCUGCGGGGUGCCGGUGUCAAGCCCACCAGGGUCAGGUCACCCACUAGAUGUGGCAGGAGUGUGGUAAAUCUGUCCCCUGACCAGGGGUUCUCCAACAUCCCCCCAAAAUGCAGCCAAGGCUGUCUUUCUGCUGCCCGGACCAAAUCGUUCCUUUCAGUCCUCAACAUUUUAUAUUCUUUCUGGUUUAAACCUCUCCAUUUUAACCAAGGGUUGUUUUGUUUUUUUGUUUUUAAAGGAAAGCUGAAAGCCUGUGAAUCUUUUUUUUUCUUCUUAAACUCCAGGUCUUGUGGUCUGCUGAUUUUAUUUUGUUCUUAUUUACCCUCUGAUUUUGUUUGGAUUCCACCUGGGGAGGGACAGGGAGGAGUCUCCCCUUCUCAGAAGAGGCCCGGAGGUGGGUCAGGAAGAGGGCGUUUGGCACAUGGAUGUGUGACAAGCCAGCACCAGCCCCCUGCUGCUGUGAACCUGCCCCAGGUCUCCGGACCAGGCAGAGUCAGUGGAAGAGUUCAGCUGGUUCAGGAAUAGGAAUCCCUUUGGAAUCCUGAAUUUUCUGGCUCUUUGGUCCAGCGUCCUAGCCAGAGGUCCUGGAUCCUUGGUUUUGCCUCCUCACCCCGUGGCCGGCUCUGCUCCUGUGUCCUGGCCCUGGGCCCCAGGAGGGCCAGGAACUGGACGACAAGGAGGGCAAGAGGACUCCUGGGAAAGCUGGGCCUGGGGCCAGGACCCUGCCGAAGACCAGGAGCAAGUCAUUCAAACCUCCUGUGCCUCAAUUUCCCCCUUCUGUAAAGUGGGGCCCAUGAUUCCUGUUUGUCAGCACUCGGUAAGAAGUGCUGAACAAGGGCAAACCCGUAACCUCUCUCUGUAUCCCUGUGUGCGUGCACACAUCACACUCAUGUAAUCACUUUUCAAUGUCUGUUUCAAAUGAAUACUGAAUUGGGGUGGAGAGGUGAGGGCUGGGUAAGCCAGCUUGGGGCCUCUGGGGCCGGCGUGUGGGUGUUUUCUCAGCCACGUCCACCUGGGCCUUGAAGCGAACCAGGAUCAACUUGCAGACCUGUGGGCUCCAGCGCUGGGGCUGAGCCCUGCUUCCUCCCCCCAACAGAACUUGUUUGCAGCCCUGCCCGAGCUUCCUGCCCCUCUGUGUGGGCCAGGCUGGUUCCUGGAUGUGUGGAGAACCCUGGUCCCUAGGAAGUCCAGGGGAGGGGGCAGGUGAGGUUGGAGUUCUUCCAGGCCGGGGCUGGAG